GUAAAAUGCUUCUCACCACCAGUGAUGGAGAUUCUGCUCAUUUCCUCCCUGCUCCCUAAAGACAUUGCUUGUAUUCACUCAGUUGUACUGCCAAUACACAGUGAUAACCCUCAGGGCGACUCUGUUAUUACAGUGCAGCUGACUGAGGAAGAUAAGGUUGAAGAUGAUGUAGUUUUCUACUUGAUCUUCACUGGGUCAACUGUCCAGCACUGCACGAGCACUAGGAAGAUUAAUCCUGGGAGUCUGGAGACAAUUUCUCCUGGCCAUGACUGCUGUGAGACGGUGAAGGUGGCACUUUGUGCCUCUAAGGAAGGUCGCCCUGUUCUGGUGGUGGCAGAAGAGAGCUUCAAGUUCAUCCAAGAUGAAGCGUACGAUGCAGCCCAGUUUCUGGCUACCUACGCAGGGAACCAGCAGGCACUAAACUUCACCCGUUUCUUGGACCAGUCGAGACCACCUGCUGCUGAUGUGGACAUUUUGGAUGAGAAAGUGGCUUUGGCAUUUCGACACCUGAAAUUGCCUGCAGAAUGGAACGUGCUGGGAACGGAUCAGUCCCUCAACGAGAACAUCCCUCGGGAGACGCUGAUGCACUUUGCAGUGAGGCAGGGCCUGCUGAGGCUGACGUGGUUUCUGCUCCAGCAGCCAGGAGGAAGAGGAGCUCUCAGCAUCCACAAUCGCGACGGCGCGACGCCCGUGAGCUUGGCCUUGGAGAGGGGCUACCAGAAGUUGCAUCAGCUUCUGACCGAAGAGGAAGCCACGGAGCCCGACUCGUGGAGCACCCUGUCUCACACUGUGCACACUGGGGACUACUGCGUCAAGCACCACCAGCAGCUCGAUGUUUACACGCUAACAGCUGAAACCAAGGAAGGGACAAAAGCCAGCCUGGAGAGUGACAUACGGCAGCUUCAGAUGCACAUGCAAAGCCACCAGCACAUGAGUUCAAGGAAGCAGACUAAGACUGUACUGGGAGCCUCUGGAAAUAGCUGUGGCAAUGGAGCUGAGCCAGUUGGUCACUCAACUGCUUCAUCUCAAAGCCUAGAAGGAAUGCCAGAAGAAGGAAGGAAGGAAAGUCCAUCUGAUGUCCUUCACCUUGACAGUGGGCAGCUCUCAGACCAAGCCCACCAGAAGGACGAGUGCCCCAGUAGGUCACUGAUAACUGGUGCUAUUGAUGCGCCAAACGGCUCACUGAGUCUGGGGGUGGUGGAGAGCCCAGAGUGCUCCUGUGAAAGCAAAAAUACGGUGACGUUGUGUAAAAAGGAAGAGGAGGGGCCAGCCUCUGCUCAGAGCUCCGGGACUGUAUCUGAUGAGAACGGCUGCACAGUCAGCCCGUGUGCAGGCGUCAACGGUGCUGUAAAUCUCCCAUCCUGUGGAAAUACAAAUGAGGAAGCUGGAAUGACAUCUGCUGGAGUUGUUUUGGAUCAAGCCGGCUUGUGCAGUAAAGAUAGCACCCAUCAGGAAGUGGGAGCUGCUGAGGAGUGUGCAGCUGAAAGUACUGUUGCUGUGGUUGAAACUGCCGGUGAAGCCCCAGCUUCCCGAGAGGGCGUGGAUGUGGCCAUGGGCCAGACCGAGUGCAGGAACUGUGCUGGGGCAGCUGACAGGGCGCCGGGCCAGCAGCAGGUAGAGGAUGGGAUGGCUGAGACCCCUGCAACGAGGACUGAGGAUCCAGGAGAACCAUUGCCAGCUGAGGAAGAACCCGCAAGUGUUGCUCAGCCCUUGCUUGAUGGCUUUAAUGGCACUGAGUGUGCAGGUGGGGAGGAUGCAAAUGUGGGAGUGGUACCGGAGUGUGACAGUACAAAUGCAAAUGUUGACAUUGAUGUCUCUGUUGGUCUUUGCAAGAGUGGUGAUAAUGAUAAGACUGGAGUGUCAGGCACUGAUCUGGUAAACAAUGGAGUUUUGGAGAGCAAAGGUGGUGCCUGUGUCAAGGAAAGGCCGAGAGUCACUGCGAGCACCAGGGCACCGUUGCCUUCAGUGAAUGGAGUGAAGGUACCUGUGUGUGUGCCAGUGUUUUCUGAUGCGGAAAGCCAAGACAGCAGGGAGAGUGUGGAACCUGAAGGGCAGGUGAAAGUGGGUAGCACAAAUGGCAAAUCCAGCUCACCCUCCCUGGAAGACAGCGUGGAAACCGAUGGCCUUGAUGCUAGAGCUGAAAAUGGCAAUAUUGGUGGAACUAAACAAAGCAGUGAAAAACCCACGCAUUGCCAAGGGAGCAGUGACAUUGCUGAGUGUAUAGGCAAAGCUGUGGAGGGCAGUGGAGCCCACAGCAAGGAGCCAGUGGGAACUGAUACCAUCAGCAACAGAGAGGGAGGAAGCAUAGAUUCUGCAGACAGAGCUCAGGAAGUUGCUAGCUGCUGCCCUCCUGUUGAUCAAACUACUGUUCAUGAUGAAACAGGGGACAAGUUAAAGCUGGAUGGCACUCAAGGGAGUGUGCAGGAGCCCGGAUUGCUCCCUCUGGAGGAUGUGAGCACAUUCUCAGCAGGGAAGGAGCCUUCGGAAGCUGAAGAGAGAACAGAAAUUGCUUCAGGGCAAGGGAUGCCCCAUCCUGAUGCAGGGGACCUGGCUUCAGGUCGGACAGGAGAUGCUAUAGUGGCACCUCCUGGACAGGAGACACCCCUGUGCAGUAGUGACCCUGUUUUACCUCCAUGUUCCAAGGGCGCAGACUGUACAGAGGAUAAUUUUGUAGGCACACCCUUUGUAAUUCGUAAUGAAGAAUCUAAACAAAAGCAGGAAGUGGCAGCAGGAUCGGCUGAGCUGGCCCCGCCGCACAGCCAGGAGCGUGGCGGGGUGGCCGGUGUGCUGGAGGACUAUGCGGGGGCCCCAGGCCCUCCCAAGCAAAGCCUACAGCCUCAUGCUGAAGGAGAAGACACAGCCAAAGCUGAGAGGGAGACCUCAAACAGCAGCCAGGAGCAGGUUUUGUCAGAGAAUCUGCUUGCCACAGUUGUGAAAUCCUCUGUCGGCAGUGCAGAGAGGCCCGCAGCCAGCAGUGAUGCGGGUGCUGGGCUGGAGGAGCUGGGCCCCAACCAGGCUGGGACAGCAGGAGCAGGAGAUAGCAUCAUGCAAGGAACUGGGCCAGCAGCAGGGAGUAACCCUUGUCUGGAUGCCGGGCUGCCCCAGGAGCGUGGUCCAAACCUGCAACAUGUCUCCCCGCGCAGCAGCACCCCCGAAUUGAAGGAUGCUUUGGCAGUGGAAGCCCCGAGCCUUGCUUUUGAGGCUGAGGAAGCGUUGCAGAUAGCAGCGGUAACCUCCAUCACAGGGUAUGAGGAAGAGCAGGGGGAGAUGGAAAGUGUCCUUCCCAGAGCCACGCUGCAGCCCAUUGCGGAGGAGCCCACGUGUGACAGUGACUCCAGCAGUGACACCAUGGGUCCAGGCGGCGAUGGCGAUUCUGCUCCCACUUCGACAGCAGCACAGGGGUUGGUCACAGCACAGCCUGAGGGUAAGCAAAGCCAAGGCAUAUCGGAGCCAACCCCUUCACCCUGCUCCUCUGGCUUCAAUGCUGUUGAGUCACCAGAGCAUGUGGGAGUAAAGAGUUCAGUUUCGGCAGAUGAUGGCUCUUCUCUGGAUAAAGUUCCUAAAAUGGUAAAAAGUUUUGAUGCCGUAGUUUUUGCAGCUGAGACCCCUUCAUCUCCUGGCUUACCAGCUGAAGGAAAAGUGGGGCCUGAGCCCCAGCCUGCAGUGGAUGUGGCAGCUGGCCUUAACGGAGAGGCAGAUUUAAGAUCCUCUGCCAGAAAGGACGUCAGCCAGGCCAUUCGCGGAACCAAGCCUGCCACAGGGAAGUUGAAAAUGAAAACUGAAGAUGAGGUGGAUUUUAUGAAGGACCCCAGAGAGAGCGCAGCGCGCGAGGAAGCGCACACCUACCCUGCUCCAUGCUGCCGUUCUGGAAGUUUGAAGUUGGAGCCCUGUGACGUAGAGAAGCCUCCUUUGAGCUGGAACCAUUUUCAUGGAAAAGAGACUCCUUCCAACUCUUAGCUCUGAUGGAAGAGCCACAAGUGUGAUGCGGGGUUUAAAAGAUGAGGCUGGUCAAAUUGAGACUAUAGGAAUGACAGUUCUGGCUUUCAGGAAUGAAAAAAGUUAUUUUUUAAGUAACUACUUCAGGAAAGAUGAGCUCUCUGUUGCUUGAGGUUUCCAUCAGGAACUGGAUAUUCUAUGGAGUGAUAAGCUGCAGCUCUGAAUAAUCUACUGGAGAAAUGCUGAGUUACACUGAGUUACCUGGGGAUUUGGACGGGCUGCAUGUUUGCAUGCUGUCUCCUGUCUUAGAAGAUGAACCCCAGCAGCAUGAUCAGAGAGCACUCAGGGGGACGCAGAUGAAGGACUGCAGGCCCCAGUUUCCAGGCAUGGCAUUUUUGACAUAGUCUUCCAGCAAAGAUGAAAAGAAUGGUGUGAAGAAGAAGAAAAGGGUAAAGAACAAAUAAGAGAGGAUUGUAUUCAAAGCUAGAGCGCUGAUCAGAAAGAAUACUUCUUCUGUUUCAGUAUUUCCACUCACGCACUGUGAAUUGUUAUGAAAACAUAUUUGGCAUUUUACCCAGUGCUGUUAAGACUCUCUCCAUGGAAACAUGAAGCAGAAGGCAUUUCGCCUUGCAGUAGAUGCACAGAUUCCCCUUUCUGUUAUCGUUUUCGGUCCUUUUUUCCCCACCCUUUUUAGGUGGGUCGAUCUUCCCUUAUAUUCUUUUCAAGCAGAGGUGGAAAUCUCAGAUUCUUUUCCUCCAGCGUCUCUACUGCUGCUGCUUGGGAUCAUGUGUAUAUCUUGUGAGGCCCCAGAUGACUCGACUGUGUCACUGGCUGCUGUUAGAACACCAGAUGAAAUAAAAGCCUCAGUGAUACAAAAUGUUUGUCUUUCCAUGCAGCGUCCUUCCUCAUAUUGAGCAGCUUCACUGCUUUCAGGGUUUGUCAGUUUUCCUGCUGAUUUCUGCCUCAUCUAUGAGCGUGUACUCUGGUGCAGAGCAGCAGUGCAGUAAAAUUUGGCCUUGUGUUAAUGGUGGAGUUUUCAGCUUGGGACUGCAAGACGAGAAUAGGUGACAAAUGUUGCAGUAGAUCAGAAUAUCUUAGGUCUAUACAGAGGUGCUGGUAACAAAGCCUAUGACACCUGCAAUGAAAGGCCUUCACUGGCGUGGAAGGGAUUGGGUUUGGACUUUGUCUUUGGGAAAAAAACCACAACGUGAAGGCUGUAACAGGCAUGCAGCAGAGCUUGCAGUGGUUUAAUAAAAUAAGCUUUAUCAGCUAUAUUGGAAUUAGUGGGCAGGAGCAAAUUUUAAACCAGGCUUUCUUUUCAACUUAGUCUCUUCCAGCCAACAAAGUUCUUGUCUUUCAUCUUCCUGUUCUGCUUUGCUUAUGGAUUACAUUUAUACCUAUAUAAGCAUGUAUUUGAUGCAACCAACUUUUUGAUUUUCUCUUAAGCAGUAGUUAGCUUAGCUACUCCCUCCCUGCUUGCAUACUGUGUUUUUAGUGCCAGCAAUGUACUCGAUAAAACUGAAGGCAGUAGCUGUGCCCAGGAGGAUAGUCCAGAAGAUAGGACCAAUAUUUCUGGGUUAUCUUGUUUGCUUUCUCUUCUGUCUGUGCAGUUAAAGUUGGAGUGAUUGUUACCAGCUUGUGUUUAACCUUAGUUAACACUGCUGUUAUUUCGGAUCUGGAAAGGACAGGUGAUUGGUUUGUGAUUGUGUCAGCCUACUUAAACAGUGCUUCUCCCAGGAUUUAUAUCCUAAUACCUCUGCAGUCACAACAAUAAGUUUCACUUUAUUUAUGCACUUAGUUACGUGGAGGCACAUUCUGUGAGCAGAAAGCACAGCACCUUUGUCAAAUCAGCGUGCCUCCCUGUCCUGAAGCAUUUGCAUCUUCUGUGCUGCUAUGGGAACAGCAACACUGUUUUGCAGGUACCGUGGCACUAAGUCUGCCCACCUCAUUGACAACCAAGCACGUUCUUCCUUCCUGUACAUGGGCUUUCCAGCUGGUGAGAUAAGAGCAGGAACGUGAAGCCUUGCCCUCCCUAACUCAUUAGUCUGAGCCCUGGUAAUGAGUCUGCUUAGCAUCAAGUGACAUGUUUUUGUUCUGUCUGAGACUGUGCUUACCUCCAUAAAUCACGAGAAGAUCAUAAUCCUGACUUACUUGACUCUGAACUUUUGCUUAGUUUCUUAACACAGCUGGAUGCACUGAAUGCCCAAAAGUGCUUAGGAGAGCUAUUGUUUCCAAAGUACACAUUUUCAAAGUCUGGAGGUGCACUUCUCAUGUUGGUUUCAAUCUGAGCUCUUGUUCUUGGGAAUUUAGAAAUCUUUUCUGCCCUUCCAAAAUGUUACCUAGCAGAAUGCAGUACUCUUACCAAAGACAUGGACGAGACUGGGUUGAUAAAGUCUCCUGAAAUAACAUAUGUG